UGAUAAUCUAAUGUAUGACGGCGGAGUGUGAGAGAGCAGAGUCCUAACGGGGAUUGUUUUUAUUUUUUUUUCCCGGGAUUUUUAACAACAUGGCAGACGUAGUGGAGGGAGAGGAUGUGCGCUCGGUUGUGCCCUCAGCUCUGCGCUCGUCACGGCACGGCUCCGGCGGGAACGUUACCGCGGGCCCGCGGCUCGUCCGCAUCAUCAAGUCGGACUCGGGCUACGGCUUCAACGUCCGCGGACAGGUGAGCGAAGGAGGCCAGCUGCGGAGCAUCAACGGUGAGCUGUACGCGCCGCUGCAGCAUGUCAGCGCCGUGCUCCCGGGCGGUGCAGCGGACAGAGCCGGCAUCUCCAAGGGCGACCGCAUCCUCGAAGUGAAUGGUGUAAAUGUGGAAGGAGCCACACACAAACAAGUUGUGGAUCUGAUCCGAGCUGGAGAAAGGGAACUCGUCCUCGCCGUCCUUUCAGUCCCCCAACCAGAGACAGACAGCCUGGACCCAGGAGACGAUGGCUCGUCCCAGUCUUGCUAUGACUACAGUGACAAGCAGGCUGUACCCAUCUCUGUGCCCACCUAUAAACACGUGGAGCAGAAUAGCGAGAAGUUUGUGGUGUAUAAUGUGUAUAUGGCCGGCAGACAGCUCUGCUCUAAACGCUACAGGGAGUUUGCUAUCCUGCAUCAAAACCUUAAGAGGGAGUUUGCUACCUUCACGUUCCCUAAACUGCCUGGGAAAUGGCCCUUCUCUCUGUCCGAGCAGCAGCUGGACGCCCGAAGGAGGGGGCUUGAGGAAUACCUUGAAAGAGUGUGUUCUGUGCGAGUCAUUGGUGAGAGCGAUAUAAUGCAGGAAUUCUUGUCGGAAUCAGAUGAGAACUAUAACGGUGUCUCUGAUGUGGAGUUGAGGAUAGCCAUGCCAGAUAAAACCACAGUAACCGUCCGAGUUCGGAAGAACUGCACUACAGACCAGGUGUACCAGGCUGUGGUGAUAAAGGUUGGGAUGGACAGUAUUACCGCCAGUUAUUUUGCUCUCUUCGAAGUUAUUAAUCAUUCAUUUGUGCGGAAGUUGGCGCCGAACGAGUUUCCUCAUAAGCUCUACGUGCAGAAUUACACGUCGGCCGUUCCCGGGACCUGCCUCACCCUGCGCAAGUGGCUCUUCACCACCGAGGAGGAGAUUCUCCUGAACGACAACGAGCUCGCCAUCAACUACUGCUUUCACCAGGCCCUGGAUGAUGUGAAGAGGGGGUUUAUUAAAGCAGAGGAGAAAUCAUACCAGCUCCAGAAACUGGCUGAACAGAGGAAGGUUUCCAUGUACCUGAGUAUGGUGAGGUCAUGCGAAGGCUACAAUGAGAUCAUCUUUCCUCACUGUGCUUGUGACUCACGCCGCAAGGGUCACGUCAUCACAGCCAUUAGCAUCCGACACUUCAAACUGCACGCCUGCACUGAAGAGGGCACUCUGGAGAAUCAGGUGAUAGCGUUUGAAUGGGCUGAGAUGCAGAGGUGGGACACUGACGAGGAGGGAAUGGCUUUCUGCUUCGAGUACGCACGAGGCGAGAAGAAGCCACGCUGGGUCAAAAUCUUCACUCCAUACUUUAACUACAUGCACGAGUGCUUCGAGCGGGUCUUCUGUGAGCUCAAAUGGCGAAAAGAGGUCGAAGAGGAAGCGACGGACAAGGACAAUAAGAACUGUAGUAAAGAUGGUAUGUGUAGUAAGAAUAUCUUCCAGCUGUUGAGGCACAGAAGGGAUGGAGGCACCUGAGACAGGAGAUCGUCACUCCCUGAACAAAAAUACUACACACAAAUAUAUACACACAACACACACAAACACACACACAGACACACGAGACUUAAAACAGGAACAUAAUGGGUCCCAUCCAAUGCAGUCUGUCCACUAACAUACACGCGUGCUCACACACACACUCACACACUUGGUGGACAACCAGAACUAAAGAACCCAUUCUCGGACUCACAACACAAUAGAAAUAAGCAAACUAAAAUACGAGACUUUUACUCACAUUUCAUCCAUCCCAUCAGCUCGUCAUGGGGACUCAACUCAUUUCAGUCGUUCUUGUUGGAGGACAUUUCUGAGGGAACUGUUUGCUUGUGAAGGAGAAAGCGACGAGGCUUUACGUUAACACUCCAGGUAACUGGCUUUAUUCUUUGUAAGGACACUACCUACAGUGAACCAGACACUGCCGGCCGCACCGGCUCUCAGCUCUCACUGUGAUCGGUCCUGGUGACUCGUGCAUGCGAAGGAGAGCCGUGCACGUUGGUCAGGUUCGCCGGCGUCUUGUGAAGAUUUUAACCCCGAGUUACCAAGCAAAAGCAAAGGAACAGGAAUGUCGGAAAAGAGGAGCGCACUUGCAGCCAGGAAGCCUCACUUGUAAACGUUCCUCCUGACACUAACACUCAGAUGCGUGCAUUCUGUGACGUGACGCGAGACGAUUUCCUUAAAAUGUAUCAGCACAAAAGUUUGGGGGGAGAGGGGGAAGGAAAAAAACCACCGUGACAUUAUUCAUGUGUGUAAAUAUCUUGAAACUCAGCCAAUCACCCGAACAAGCAGAGCAGAUAAGCAAGAACUUAUCGAGUAGAAAUUUGAGAAAGCAGACAAAUAGUGUCACAUUUAUAAAUGAAUAUAUAUAUAUGAUAGUUUUAUUUUUCCUUAUUAUCCCCAUCCCCCCCCAUCAUGUUUAAACUUUCAGAACAUUUUUGUUUCUUUUUAUUUUUAAUACAUAGUUUGUUUUAAAUUUUAUCCACUAGGGUUAAGCUAACCUUUAACCUGAAUACUUUGCAAAGUUUGAAAAAAUAAUUAGCAGUAUUAUGGAAGAUUCUGAUUUAGAGAUUUGCCGGGGAAUCGAAAGAAUUUUUAUGGAUUUUUACCAGUCUGUCUUAAAUCAGAAUUGAGGUGCGUGUAAGUAAAUUCCAGUAAGUCUUGGUCGUUGAAAACGUUUCUGCUCUGCACAUCGACCGUGAAGGUUGUCACCUGGAACGAGAGUACAAUUGGGCCCAAAUUCCACAACCCUCGUUCUAUACAAAAGUGCACAACUUUUUAAGAUAACUCACUGAACUUUUCUUUCACAGAUCUAGCUGUUCAGCUAACCAGAACUAGCCAUACAACUGUUUUUGGGAAAGAAAAGAUUAACAUUUGUGCAAAAAAUACACAGUAACUUUAAAAAUUGCCAGCUCAGGUAACUUGGUGUGAUUGCAGGUGCUUUAUUGAGUCUCAGCUGAACUUGGGAACGCAUUUUGUGACAAACAUUACAGUUAGUGUGAAGAGUAGAGACAUUUAUAACAAUCAAAACCUACAGUACUGUGAUGUACUUAUAUGCACCUCAGUUUUGAUACAAGAUAAACUUUGUACUAUUCCUUUAAAUUAACCGUUUUGGGGUUUUUUAUGCUAGUAUGCAGUCCAGCAGGAUGAAUUGUAAGUAAUUAUUGAGCUAUAAAACAGUUCUUAUAUGUACAGUACCAGUCAAAAGGACACGCCUAAUUCAGUGUUUUUUGUUUAGUGAUUUAUCUUCUACAUUCGAGGACAAUACUAUGAAACAAAUGGAUUUAUGGUCAGCUGUUCUGGAAGAGUUCUUGCAAGAACAAUAUUUUCAUGUGCAGUUACAAAAAACAUCAAGUACAAUGAUGAAACUGGCUCUCUAAAGACCUUCCCGGGAAAGAAAGACUAAAACUUAGUAUCCCCUUUUUGGGAUCAAUUUGCCACUUUGGGGUCCUUGAGCAACACCCUUAACUUAUCCUGGCUGAUGCUGUGCUCUGUCCCCAGCUUUCUUACCUGGGGAACAAUUAUUCCAACAUGCUGUAAGUUACAGUACAUGUGACAAAUAACUAUUUUAAUCAGCCUCAGAAAUCAUCAAUUAACAGCAUCUCCUAUUAUGGAGCUGUUAUUAAGGCUUUACAGAGCAUAAGUAGCAGACACAAAACAAUCAAGAUCAAAGACACAAGAUCUCAAAAUUUCAAAGGAGAUUAUUGCAUAUUUUGGAUGCGUUUAGCAUUAUUUUACAAUGUAGAAAGAAAUAACUAUCCGGAAGCACCAGGGAAAUCAAAGGUGUGUCCUAACUUUUGACUGGUAUUGUGUAUAUAAACCCAGUUUUAUACGUCUUUUAAGAAACGGGUAGCUGGAAGCCUGGAAAAAUCUGUGUCAGGGUUGAACACGACCAGCAAGUACUGUAUUCUAACAUGCAAGCACAGGCCAUGUGGCACUGGUUCAGCAGGAGGGUUGCUAGGCUUGCUUUAUUCCAGUUCAAAUAUUCACAAAAGCUUUUUUUUUAUGAGUAAAUGUGUAGGCAUGUCUGUUGCUUUUACUGUUGUGAGAUGAUUGUUUGACCAUAACUGAUUUUGUUAAUUAUCACCAAAAAAAAAAAUCUGCUGUUCAAAAGAUGUUUUGUAUUUGGAUGGAACCAGGAUUUGGAUCAUCACUCUUGAAUACAUGUCAGGAAAGGGGUGAGAGUGCGCACACAGCAGAUUAUUUGUCUAAAUGAAUUAAGCAUGUAGCUGACGAUAAAGUUACAAGGGGUCAUUGAGGUGGUCUUUUUAGUGAAUAACUAAAUAAAUAAAAAAGCAAUAGUUAACAUUUAUUAGAUUGAGAGGUUACUUAUUGGCGGCAGCUCAAAUAAGAAUGUUUUGCUCCAAUGGCUCUGCUGUGCACUAUUCUCCCUCAUGUGCACACACAAACACAAAUAGUUAUGGGUUUGUGUCUGUACAUGUUCUAGUAUUCAAGAGUCAGUGAAGGAAAUGGCUGACUAUCUCCCGGUCUUAUUAGAAACUGUUGAAAUGCUUUUUCUGACAACGUAUCGAAAGACGUUAGAUCUUACAUGCAGCUGUAAUAUUUCAUGGCUGUAUGGGAUAUUUGUGUGUGUGUGUGUUUAAAACAUUUUAUGUGAGUCUGACGUUCUGUUAUGGUUUUGACAUUCUUUUUUUUUUGUUUCAAACACCAUGAAUCCUAUGAACAGAGAGAUUAUUUGUUCACCAUUCAGGAAACAUCUGCAAAUAUUGUAUUUAAAGGGUAAAAAAUGUUUUAUUGUUAAAUGAGUAUUCUGGUUUGGCAUUUUGUUGCUUUUUACCAUUACUGCCCCCCCUUUAUUUUAAUGAUUGCUUUUAUUGGUUUGUUCUGGGGUCAGUUUUAAAAGUCAAUCUCCUUUAGCGCAGGCGCAUAAAAGCUUUUGUUGCACUUUUACUAUUAUUCAUGUGAUUUAAUGCGUGACAUGACAUUUCAGUGCCCCUGUUGUUAUUUUUCCUCUCUCAUCAUUUCAAGGUAUUGGUUGUGCAUGUUUACUUAAUAUAUUUCCCGUUUUAAACAUUGUGUUUUUCGCUGUAUGUCAGCCGUGUUUGUUUUUCAACGCUUUGCUUAAACUCUAUGCAUGACAGAGCCAGUGUCCAUAUGUAAGCUAGUAUUGAAUUCCCAAAAAGUUUAAUCCUUGUGUUUGUAUGUAUAUUCAUUAUACCUACAGGUGGGUGACAUAUAAAAGCUAAACGUAAAAAGUCAUGACGAACAGCGUUUUCCAGUUAGGAGUGUGAUCUGUCGUCUUGACAUAGUUUUUGCAUGUGGUUUACAUAAUUUUCAUACUCCCUAAAUACACCUCCUGUGGAUGUGGGUGGAGUUAUCCUUAGAAUGCACGUCCACCAGUAAAGGAGCAUUUCAGUAAGAAGAUUUGAUUUUGGAAAUAUUUUCAGUAACUUCGCUCUCAAAUAGAGCAAGGGGUUCAACAGAAUCAUGGUUUUUCCUUUUAUAUGUCGCCCAUCUGUAAACCCAUUUGUAUCACCAUAAGCCUAACUCUGCUCUGAAAGGUGUGGAUCUGCCAGACGUUUGGAUUUCACUGGUAGACAAUUACAAAAUCUAUGAGCAGGGAAGCACUAGAUACUUUAAAAAAAAAAACAAAGAAAAAAAACAGUGGGUCUCUAGGACUGUGGUCAAGAACCACUGGCGUAACUAUUCUCUAAAUAAAUCAUCACUGAGGGGCCCCUUUAUACGUCAAAAUUGUAUGACAUGUACUACCAGAAUGCCAAGGGCCAUAAACAAAUCUUAAUAUUUUUUGAA